AUGCAAUAUCCUCCACCUAGUUCUUUUCGUUUUGUCUUUCUAUCAAACACCCAAAGCAGCAAUGGUGAUUAUGAUAUUCCUGCUCGCUUCCAAGCCGCAGACGGGGAGCCUGUCAACGACCCUACAGAAGCUGGCAGGCAGGUUCAAUUAUUUGUUCGUCCUUUCCAACAGGCUCCUUCAAGAACCAUUGAUGAGUCUUGGAAACAACAACUAGCUCUAAUCAGUGUUUUGGGAGAGGAGGAGACAUCCGAUGAACCAGCUGUACAUUCUGGAACGAGAGGACUAGACGCUUCCAAUGAACCUAUAUCGCCAAAAACCGUUCUCAAAGUGGCCCAGCUCCUAUGCAUAAUGAGCAAAAAAGAUGGGGUUAAAGUAUCGACCCCUUUGCAGGAACUGGAAGGUAUCGUGAAUGGAUUACGGAUUUUAAAUUUAGGAUGA